UUCUCAUUCUCCUAAUUAACAUAUUCAAUCCAAUUAAUUCAACCCAUAAACCUUUCACUCUCUUCUCUGUUUUCUAUCAAACUUUUAGAAAUGGAGGGUCUUAUUCCUUUUGUUUACAAGUCUAUAAUGCAAUACAAAAAUGACAAAGAAGGUCCUUUGGGAUCAUGGAUCUGUGAGCCUCCUUCAUACACAUACAUGAAACUUCCUGGUGACUCUGAUCGGUUUCAAGCCCCUGCUUCAUUCUCUGCAUCUUUACCAUCUUUCAACCCUGCUUCUUCUGCUACACCUACACAGAUCAUUGUUUCUUCUGGUGUUCAAUCUCCACAUCAGAAUUUGACACAUCGUCGAAUCGCAGCAUGAACAUGAAGAACUUCUACUCUACGAGACCCCCCUGCAGCAAGUAUGUGCCUGAAGAAAACAUGAAAAGUGUUAAAGCUUGAUUCUUAGUGUCAACUUGGAAGUUCUGAGCGUGUAGAAAACCAAAAGGGUAAUAAUACACGCUUGGUUAAUUGUGGAAAUUGUAAAUAUAGAUUUCUGAUUUUAUUCGUGCUUUAUGGCCAAAGGGUCACUUGUACUAUGAGUCUCUAGGCAAAUCAAUAACAAAAUGUUUGUGUUUCUUGGCAUAAAGUGGUCACAAAAAUUUGGAAACUUUGCAAGUUGUAGAAUAAACUAAAGCAAUUAGUUUGCAGUCAA